AAUCCUUCACAAGGUUGGCAGCGAAGUCGAUGAGAUCAUCGCUUUAUACUUGACUUGCAAUUUAUACAUUACCUGUUCAAUACAGCUUACUUAUUAUAUUGUCAGUUUUGUGUUGUGUGCAUAGUAACGUUAAAAUAGCACAGCAGUUAAAUUAACGAUUAUGAACACUUUAUAAUCCGUUGUUUUUGUUUUAAUUGUUCUCAGUUCAUACGUGUUUUAUAUCGCGACAGACCUCUUUGUUCGUUAUCGAAGAAAAAUAGUGAAAUGACCAGUAAUCGCAGUGUCAGUGAUAACAGCUAUCAGCUCUUACUGAUAAAGGUAUUGCAAUUGCCAUCAUAAUUCACGCGGGCCUCGGCCGAUGACGACCGAUUUAAAAUGCGCUUUUUAACUAUCGCCGUUAUGGCGUAUGUUUAUAAAGUUCAUAGUUUGAAGUUGUGUGAAAACAAACAUUGCGAGUGCCGGCUUAGUGACAAUAAUGUGUUUGGCGAAAUUAUAGACUGUGCUUAUUUUCCGAUUGUUUUGGAAAACAACUAUACAAUACCGAACACUGUUUAUCAUUUAGAUUUGUCUAAUAACAAUAUAAGCAGUGUUAAAUCAUCUAAUUUAUUGGUAUCGCAAUCUCUCAACACUUUAAUAUUAAGUCGCAAUAGAAUUUCCAAAAUAUGGCCGGAAUCGCUGCAGUUACCAAAUUUAAAACGACUGGAUUUGAGUGAUAAUCAACUGCGGCAUAUAGACAAUGAGACAUUUAAAUAUAUGAAGAAUUUAGACAGUCUUAACUUAGCAAAAAAUCUAUUUAAAUCAUUCUCACAGUUAUCUUUUCAUCAUUUAAGUGGUCUUAGUGAAGUUAUUUUGGAUUACAAUGACUUAGGAGCUAGUUUGGAAGACAAGAACAUGUUUGAUAGAAGUGGUUACGGUCUGACAAGCAAAAUAAAGUAUUUAUCAAUAAGUGGCAUCAAUUUGAAUGUCGUCAAGGAUAAUUUCUUUGUAGACGCGUACGAUAUUCGCAAGCUGGUCAUCUCCCGUAAUAAUAUUACAGCUAUAUUCGAAUUGCCGUUUACGUUGGAGUAUUUAGAUUUGUCCGACAAUCCUAUCACAGAGAUAUUUGGUGAAGAUCUCUCAGACUUACCUGGAUUAAAACAACUUAAACUGAACAAUUUAUUGAUAAGCGAAGUGCCUGAUUUUGCAUUUGCAUCUCUCCGAAGUAUAGUUUCUUUGGAACUUGAGAGAAACAAGAAUUUGACGCAGUUCAGCGAAUUAGCUUUCGGCCAAGAUGUUCUAGAAGAUGCUGACGAUUUUUCUUUAGAGGUAUUGUCACUACGAGGAUCCAGACUCAGGACUUUAUCAGAGAAAUUUGAAAUUCCCUUUGGGCAGUUAAGAAGGCUGGAUCUACAGGGAAAUUUUUGGAAUUGCGAUUGUAAUCUCAAGUGGAUAAAGGAAUUACGAUUCGACCUAGAUUAUGAACACUUGCGAUGUUACACUCCAAAACCGCUUUACAACAGUAAGAUAGUCGAGCUCAAUGAGAGAUACUUCAGCUGUCCCGUGAACAAGCACCACGUGGGAGCUAUGAUUGGCGUGAUAUCGCUCUGUCUUCUCCUAACCGUCGUCGCCGUGUGGCUGUUUGUGUGUGUACCAAGGGCUCAUUCUCAAUCGCAAUAUUUAAAAAAUGUUUAUACACCGUCAGUGGGGUACACAAUGUUGCCAAUUAAUGCUUAUAUGGAAGACAGAACUUAGCAAAAUGUGUUUUAAUUUUUAUGCGUUGUGUAUGUAUGUGGUCAUGGUUAAAUUAUUUAUUUAUUAAUGUUUUAAGGUAAAUAUAUUGGUAAUGCAAUGAGGUGCACCUUAGGAUUCUUGAAAAUUCAAAAAUUUAUUGUACAAACGAACGUACAGGCACACAGUUUACCUGAAGUUAAUCAACAUACAUCUGUUACCUACCUCUUGAAGUGUCUGGACAAUGACAGACCGCGACUGGCCCACUUUGUGCAAUUAUGUUUUUAAAACAACCCAUUCCAUUUUUGUGAUGAAACAAAUAUGUGAAAUGGCGGAAAAUUAUCAAAGUUUCUAAUAAACGCGUUCCAAUUUUGAAAAUGAAAUAAGCUGUUACAAUAAUUAUGGCUAGACUGGUUAGACGCGCUAGAAUGUUUGCCGCCCGUGCUCUAUUUAUGACCACCAGUUUCUUGGAAGCCAAUUUGGCUAUCCUUCCAGGUGAACGUGGAAUCGGCAGUCGAUGGAGAUUUCGACCCUCAGUAACCUGGUACUGGCGACGCAUUAAGAAGCUGCGCGUCAUAAAUAGAGCACGGCAAUACUUCAAGCCGGCCACAUUCUAGCGCUCUACAAAGCGCAGGUCCGGCCACAUAUGAAGUAUUGCUGUCAUCUCUGGUCUGGCGCACCCCGGUAUCAGCUCGAAUCAUUUGACCGCGUGCAACGCAGAGCUGGGAAUCCAGUGCUCUGUCAACGGCUAGAUCACCAGGCGUUUCGCGUAUAUCUUCCUUACAGGCCGGCGACGCUCCUGUGAUUCCUCUGGUGUUGCAAGAGAAUGUGGGCGGCGGUAAUCCCCUAACAUCAGGAAACCUGUAUGGUCGUUUGUCUUCCUCUUACAUCAAAAAAUGUAUGUAUAUUGUAGAUAAUAUGUUGAAGAGGAUACGAUAUGUAAUUUUUUUAGGUUAAGACAUAUAUUUGAGUCUUCUGGGUGUUAACUUGAACAAGAUUAAUAAUUGUAAAGGAGAAGAUAAUUUUUUUUUUGCACUGGUGAUGAUGAUUAGAUUUUUUUUUUUUACUUUUGACAAUGGUGUUAUUAUUAUUAGUUAUUAAUAAAUGAUUAAUGAGAUUGAUUUGACCUGCAUGGCUGGUGUCGGUGUAUAUGGCAUCUUCUACUUUACAAUGCAUGUUGGAGACACCAGGUCGCUACUUCCCGCCUCCCUUCUGCGGGGGUGUGGUACUGAUCCGGAAGUCUGGCCUGUGUAAGAUAAUUGUCAUAGGGCGGCAGCGUGACUCCCGUAACGAAAAACCCUUAGUCGCCUAUUAGACUUCUGAUUUCGACCCGGUGAAGCAAAGGGCGAAAACUCGUCACCUUAAUAUCACAAUAUAGUAAACACAAAUAAAAUUCACAUCAUAUAAUUAUGUAUAAUAUAUAAAAUACAAAAAGUGUACAUUUUGUGCUAUACGUUUCGGAGACAAUUUGUGCUUCACUCAUAUGAGACUAGCUCUUCACAAACACGCGGUAAAAUUUAAUCUAAAAUCACUUAUAUAUACUAUCUCUACAAGCAGGCACAAGCGUUUACUGAAGGCUGAUAAUGAUUGAGCAAUUGACGAUACAUUACAACAGACAUUGUGAGAUGUAUCAAAUUUAUAACAUUUUUAUACGAGCGCACAAAAGCAAAUAUUUCUUAUUGAUUUAAUAAAUUGAUUAUGAAUAAUGAUUAUUAUUUAUUAAACAAAUUAUAAAAACACAUCAAUGUUUCACGUAUGACAAAGCGUCCAGUCCAGUUUAUAUUCGUGUGAAUAUAUAAAAACGUCUAAAGAACGCAAACAGAGAAACCUGAUACAUUUUUUCUAUGUUUUUUUUUAAAUACAAGACGAUUUUCUAAGUGAUAUUAAAUUAUUAGAUUUAUCUUAUUAUUUAUCUAGACUUCGGAAACAAAUUCUAAGUAUAAUGUUUUGUAGCAACAACCAAAAAAAGUUGAAUAAUUGUAAAAAUAGGCAACAACAUUAGUUCAAUCCAGAUUCCAGAAAGUAACAAACAAGAACUCUAUUAUAAGACUCCGCACACCGUCGGUCCGUAUGCCAGUGCAAAAAUGGCUAUAUUUAUACAGCUACAAAUGAGUAUAUUACUUAUAUUUCUGUUAUAAAUGCAUUUUUGUUUAUUCAUUCAUUGUUGAGGUUCUUUGUAAGAUACUGAUGCUAAAUCAAUUUAUCUACUAUUAAAGAUUAAAUCCUCUAUUAAAGAUUCAAAAACAGUUAGCUUAUUGCCAACAUUAAAACACCCAACCAUUGCAUCAUUCGAACGAGUGGUGUAAUGAAAUUCAGUACAAAAUUACAACACUCGUUUGAAUAGUGUAAUGGUUACUAGGACUGGCUUUUUAAUGUUAGCAGUAAGCUAACUUUUUCCGAAUCUUUUAUAGAGGAUUCAUAUUAUGGGUGUAGAUAAAGUCUCAUGUGAUACUAUUCUCACACCUCGGCUUCGCCUCGUAUGAUAAACCCACAUUCAUGUUUCAAUACCCCUUAUUAUACAACAGUUGCGUAAAAACUAUUAUCUACACCCAUGCUUUAAAUCCUCUAUUAACGAUUCUGAAACAGUUAGCUUACUGCCAACAUUAAAACACCCAAUGUUCUAAUAACCAUUACAUCACCCAAAAGAGUGUUGUAAUGUUGUACUGAAUUUCAUAACAAAACUCCUAUUUUUUUUCAUUCCCUUCAUGCUCAAAGGGUUUGACAUUCUUAUUGCUCGAUGCGUGGCAUCUGUAUGAAUUUCAAAAAAAGAACAUUUUGGUUUACGCGCGUUCCACACUACCAGAACGUCGCGCGCCGUAAAAAAAGUAGGUUAUUCGAAUCCUCGCCAUUUUUCUUCGAUAUUUUUAUUG